AUCUCUGCCGAUAACGAUAAAACAAACAGCCGGCGAAUAUGGAAGCAGAGACAUCAAGCAAAGAAGCCGAGUCGAGCAUCGACCUGCUGGUCAUCGUGCUGGACACGAAUCCAUCGCAGCGUAUAGUUCGCCAGAACCCACAGAACCUGACUCAAAUCCUGGAGGCGGUGAUUGCAUUCGGAAAUGCACAUCUCAUGCAAAAGGCACAGAAUAAGCUGGCUGUGCUGUCCUGUUCCCACCAUGCCACAAAUUUCCUGUAUCCUCUGCCUCGGCGUCAAGUGGAACUUCGUCAAGUCGAUGGGCAGUACGAAGCCUUCAGUCUCGUAGAGAAGACAGUGAAGCAGCAGCUGGGCAGUAUUCUAAUGAACGCCCCACGUCUAAAUGGUCCUAGCGAGAGCCUACUGGCUGGCAGCAUGUCCAUGGCCCUUUGUUAUAUCUCCAGACUCCAGCGCAACGUGACUUCAGGCGUGAAGAUGCAUUCCCGUAUUCUGGUUUUGACGGGCAGCAAUGAGUGUGCUUCACAAUAUAUGACAUUCAUGAAUGUCUUCUUUACCGCCCAAAAGUUGGGUAUUGUGAUCGACACCUGCGCUCUAGACAAGACCCUAAGCUUGCUGCAACAGGGCUGUGAUAUCACCUCUGGCCAGUUCCUCAAAGUCACUCAGCUGGACGGCCUGCUACAGUAUCUACUCUGGGUAUUUCUUCCCGCACCGGAAAUGCGUCAUAAGCUGGUUCUACCCCCGCCUCCAAAGGUUGACUACCGAGCCUCUUGCUUCUGCCAUCGUGAGCUGAUCGACAUUGGAUAUGUCUGUUCUGUUUGCCUAUCCGUAUUCUGCAAAUACAGUCCUAUUUGCACCACUUGCCACACAAUAUUCAAGACUCCGGGACCCUUGCCUAUCAAAGGAAAAAAGAAAAAGAAAACCGAUAAGCAGUAAAGGUUCUUAACUGUUCAUCUUUAUUAAAACAUUCAGUCCACAAAUUGUUAA